AUGUCUACUACGCAGGCUAUUACUUUUAUUGGCGCCACCGGCGGCUGCGGCCUCUCGGCGCUCAAACGCUCCGUUGCGGCAGGCUACACAUGCGUUGCGCUCUGCCGCACCCCGGCCAAGAUGGAAGCCCACUUCCCCGACAAGCCAAGCAAUUUGAUACUCAAGCAGGGCAACGCUCACGACGCCGUGGCGGUGGGCGAAGUGCUGCUAAGGCCAUCUGACCCCACGGCCAUGGUGGAUGCGGUCAACUUCUCCAUUGGCGGCACCGUCAACGCCAACCUGACCAUGGACGACCCGGACGUCUGCAAGAAGGGCGUGGCCGCACUGCUCGAGGCCCUCGGCACGCUGCGCUCAAAUGGCGUCGCCGGCAGGCCUCUCCUGGCCGUCGUCAGCACGACAGGAAUCUCGGAGCACGGGCGGGACGUCCCCUUGCUCUUUGUGCCGCUGUACCACGUCGGCCUCAAGGCGCCGCACGCCGACAAGAGGGUGGCCGAGCAGACGCUGUACGGCAGCAGCGAGAGGUUCGUCCUGGUGCGGCCGAGCCUGCUGCAGGACGGGGAGAAGCCAGACAGGAAGAUCCGCGUGCACGUCGAGAGCGAGAAGGGCGUCGAGCACAAGGAGGUCGGGUACUUUAUCUCCCGGGAGGAUGUUGGCCGCUGGAUGUUUGAGAACUUGCUGCAGGACGCGCGUCAGACGAACAAGUAUGAGUGCAAGGCGGUGGGCUUGACUUGGUAG